GAAGAGGAAGUCGGCGCUGCAGUGGCGGCUCCAGCAGCCGCGGCGGCUCCAGCCUAACCCUGCCGGCCGCCCCUGUCCGGCCUAGCCACCGAAGCAGCGCCGCGAGGGGACCCGGAGCCCGCCCCGCCUCGCGCCGCGCCGCGCCGCGCCGCCGGGCGCUCACCAGGCAGUCCGAUGGGACUGCAGCACCCGCUGACCCCCGCCGCGGCCGCCCUGCUGUGGGGCUUCCUGCUCCCUCUGACAGCUGCUCAGGAAGCAAUCCUGCAUGCAUCUGGAAAUGACAUGCCUUCACCAUCUAAGGACUACUGCAUGCUAUAUAACCCUUAUUGGACAGCUCUUCCAAGUACCCUAGAAAAUGCAACUUCCAUUAGUUUGAUGAAUCUGACUACCACACCACUGUGCAACCUUUCUGAUAUUCCUCCUGAUGGAAUAAAGAACAAAGCAGUUGUGGUACAGUGGGGAACCUGCCAUUUUCUUGAAAAAGCCAGAAUUGCACAAACAGGAGGUGCUGAAGCAUUGUUGGUUGCCAAUAACAGUGUCCUCUUUCCUCCCUCAGGGAACAAAUCUGAAUUUCAUGAUGUGAAAAUACUGAUUGCAUUUAUAAACCACAAAGACUUUAAAGAUAUGAAGCAGACUCUCGGAGAUAACAUUACUGUGAAAAUGUAUUCUCCAUCGUGGCCUAACUUUGACUAUACUAUGGUGGUUAUUUUUGUAAUUGCUGUGUUCACUGUGGCAUUAGGAGGAUACUGGAGUGGGCUAAUUGAAUUGGAAAGCAUGAAGGCAGUGACAAACACUGAAGAUAGAGAAAUGAGGAAAAAGAAGGAAGAAUAUUUUACUUUUAGUCCUCUAACAGUUGUAAUAUUUGUGGUCAUCUGCUGUAUUAUGAUGGUCUUACUUUAUUUCUUCUACAAAUGGUUGGUUUAUGUUAUGAUAGCAAUUUUCUGCAUAGCAUCAGCAAUGAGUCUGUACAACUGUCUUGCUGCACUAAUUCAGAAGAUACCAUGUGGACAAUGCAUGAUUAUGUGUCAUGGCAAAAGCAUUGAAGUGAGACUUAUUUUUCUCUCUGGACUGUGCAUAGCAAUAGCUGUUGUUUGGGCUGUAUUUCGAAAUGAAGAUAGGUGGGCUUGGAUUUUACAGGAUAUCUUAGGGAUUGCUUUCUGUCUGAAUUUAAUUAAAACACUGAAGUUACCCAACUUCAAGUCAUGUGUGAUACUUCUAAGCCUUCUUCUCCUCUAUGAUGUAUUUUUUGUUUUCAUAACACCAUUCAUCACAAAGAAUGGUGAGAGUAUCAUGGUUGAACUCGCAGCCGGACCUUUUGGAAAUAAUGAAAAGAAUGAUGGAAACUUGGUGGAAGCCACUGCUCAACCCUCAGCUCCCCAUGAGAAAUUACCAGUAGUCAUCAGAGUACCAAAGCUGGCCUAUUUCUCAGUAAUGAGUGUGUGCCUCAUGCCAGUUUCAAUAUUGGGUUUUGGAGACAUUAUUGUACCAGGCCUGUUGAUUGCAUACUGUAGAAGAUUUGAUGUUCAGGCUGGUUCUUCUAUAUACUAUGUUUCCUCCACAGUUGCCUAUGCCAUCGGUAUGAUACUUACCUUUGUUGUUCUGGUGCUGAUGAAAAAGGGGCAACCUGCUCUCCUCUAUUUAGUACCUUGCACACUUAUUACUGCCUCAGUUGUUGCUUGGAGACGUAAGGAAAUGAAAAAGUUCUGGAAAGGUAAUGGCUAUCAGAUGAUGGACCAUCUGGACUAUGCAACAAAUGAAGAAAACCCUGUGACUGCUGGUGAACAGAUUGUCCAAUAAUAAUAUUAUGUGGACUUGCAAUAAUGUGUCAAUUGAUUUUCUACAAAUAGAGUUGGCCGUUUUAAAUUGGCUUUUGAAUUGACAAUCUGAAAGAAACUUCAAUGAUGUGCUUGCAAAUAUGUAUUUUUAAGAGCUGGUACUGACGACUACAUGAUAAGUAAUUAAAAUACAUUUGCUUUUAACUUUGUUAAAGUUGUGCCUUCACAUUAAAUAAAAGCAUAUGGUCUGUGUAAUUUUCAGGAUGUAAUAUAUACAGUAUAUUUUUCUAAAAAAAAAAGUCUUCAUCCACCCCUGUACUUUUCUUAUGAAAUCUCUUUCUUUCAACUUUAAUGAUAGUUAAAAGUAUUUGUCAAAGUGAGUUUCUGAACAGAUUUUACUGUAAAGAAUUAUGCAAAUUUUAUGCUCUAUAGAAAUAACUGUUUAAGACCAUGUAAGAAGGCAGUUCAGCAAUGGAAUUUUAGACCUUUUAUCACUGCAGAGGUUAGAAAUAUAUAAUUUGGGAAUAUAUAUAAAUGUGUAUUUUUGUAGCAUAAGUUUAAAAAAAUCCCAAUCCUUUUUUAAACUUGAGAACCUAAAUUACUUCAGACUGCAUAUGUAUUAUAUUAGAAUAUUUUUCCAGAUAUAGAGAAACAUAAUAUAUAGAACUAGUCAUUAAAAGGAAACAAAAACUGAAAUCCACAGUUUUCAGUUCUGCUGUUUCCUUGAAGAUGUAGCUUAAAUUUCUAAACUAACAUUUAAUUCCACUAUGGUAUUUCUGAUCUCUGAAGUUUGGUUCUGCUAAUGUUAAGACAUAAUAUUUUGUAAAAAUUAUUUUUCUUAUUAAAUUAUGUAUUAAUACAUAUGACUCAUUGUUUGAGUGUUAACAUCCCUAAUAAUCCCCUCCCCUACCUUUUUUUCCCCUGAUCCCUACUCCUUUCCCCAUAGGAAACCACUGUUAACUUUUUAAAAUUUGGAUGGAGAAUGGUUUACUAAUAUACAAAGUGUGCUUCAGAGAAAAGAAUUGGAGACAGAAGACAGGAGACUGGGUGUUAGUCUCAAUUUAAUUACAAGAGUUUGAGUAAAUUUUAUUAGCUCAAUAAAACUGUAUCUCAGCUUUCUCAUCUGCAAAAUGAGUAUGUUAGACCAACUAAUCACUUUGGUAUCUUCCAGCUUGAAAAAAUCUUUCUCAUUCUUUGCUAAAUCUCAGAUGUGGACUUGAACAUUAUCCUGGGAGUCAUAGGUCACAUUAUCUUUCCAUUUUCUUUUAUUUUCUCUAAGAAAUUCCCAAAUGAAAAGUGAUUGCAAAGACAGCAGGAUUUUGUAUUUCUCUGUGAGUAAUGUACAAGAUAUGUGAACAAAUCCAUGAUUUUUCAUCCUAAGGCCAGUUUAACUGAUUAAAAGAUAAAGCUAAUGCCUUUAAAAAUGGAUCAGACCUUUGAUGUUUGAACUAAAUUUAGUAUUUGAGGGAAUUAGAUGCUUUUGAUUAAUUGUUAAGUUGCUGAGUAAUUUAUAGAUGUAGAAGCUCCCUUGACAGUCAGCCCUUCUUUCUACUUAAUGCACUUAUGGGUCAUUUGGUUUAUGGCAAAUGACAAAUAAGUAUCUGACAAGUAAGAGUUCAUGUUAAUUUUGCCUCUAUAAUAUAAAGUUUGAAUUUUUUCCAAAGAAUUUAAUUUAUUUGGCAGACUCUGAUAGAGAGAACAGAUUAAGUGCCAUGUUAAAGCUCCAACUAUAUUUUCAUUUAUAAUAUCAAUAAAAUGUUUGCCAAAAUACAGCUCUUUUAAGUAAAAUUAUCUGCACUCUUAUCCCAGCUUUAGAAUAUUCAAAAGCCUCAACCACAUUUUAUGAAGAAUGUUAAGAGAAAAUUUUACAUCUAGAAAUCUGGAAUCUUAAUUCUUUGAUGCAAAUUCUACUUUAUCCAACCGUUAGUUAUCAAGAAGGUAAAACCUUGUUCUAGUUUGCUAUUUAAAUCUUACAGAUUAAAUAGAAAUAACAUAAAAAGUGAAACUUCUUAAGUUUCUCCAUCUUCAAUAUCAACUUUAUAUUAUAUACUUAGUCCUUCUAGCAACUGAACUGAAAAUAUUUAUAGAAAUUACAAUAAAGUGCAGAAAUAUUUUAUUUGGGGAAUCAAAAUAUAAGCAAAAGAUAGUGGAGAUGGAAAUUUGGCUUUAGAAGACUGUAUCAUUUCGUCCUCUCUUGCCCUCCCAUCACCAAUAACUUUAAGGGGAAGAGAAGUUUGUUUAUUUCCUAAACAUGUCUUUAAAACAAUAAGAUAUAUUGUAGGAGAUUACUUACUGCAAAAAAAAAAAAAAGUCUGAGAAAUUCCCUAUGUACAUUUUUGUAGUUUAU